AUGGGCUGGUCAAAUGCAAGUAUGACGGACAAGACUUGGACAACAAUCAGAUUAUCAAUCAAGUGCUUGACUGAGGACAAUGGAUCGUGGAAGACUGAAAUUAUUGGUUGCGUCACACCAGAUGGUACCGAAAUUGAUGCAGGACAAAAGAAAGAGCAUGGAGAUAAAAUUCAUGAAUGUGUCAAGUCCGAAAGUGGUCAAGUCUCGUUGAAGGAAUCCAAAGGACGUAUGGCUGCAUGUCCAGGAGGACAGCAGAAUGGUGAGGAAUGGCAAGAGAAGUCGUUCAAAUUCCGUUGUGGAGAUGGAGGAGUCGUCAAGUUCAUCGCUUGCGUUGGACAAGACGGAAGUGUCAUCAAUGCUGGAGAGACUGGAAAGAUCGGAGGAUUCGAUGUAAAGUGUGAGCAACACGCCAAUGGAACUAUCACCAUGCAAGCUGCCAAUGAUCCGAAAUCUUAUGAAUGCAAGGCUAAAGACGGAUCCAUGAAGAAGAAUGGACAGGAAUACGUCGAAGGAAAUUUUGUGAGAAAGUGUGGAGAUUAUGGACAGGGCAAAAUCAUCGGAUGCUUUGCUGACAACGUCGGAAGCACCAUCGGAGUCAACCAGAACGUGACGUUUGGAGAUGUGAUCUACAGUUGCGCUAAGGACGGAGCCAACUACAGCUUCAAAACCUACAGCCUCAAGGCAAACUAG